CCCCCAUCCCCACGCUGCUCGCGAGAAACGGUAAUAUGAGAUGGCAGCCUCCUUUCAGCUUUACAAGAAGAGUACGCUUCCUCCACUUCUGGAUAGUUACCUGCCAGUUAAUUGCAGGAAUCAGAAUGGCUUAAACCAGCAAAAGAGAGAAGCAGACCAUAAAGGAAGGACAAGGAAGAACAACACUUUAAGUGAGGAAGAGAAAGAGAAGCUCAUCCAGCAAGCUCUGCAAGAACAGCGUCAUCUUGAAACCUACAAGAACCUGUACAAGCUCAGAAAUAUCUUGUGUAAACGUUACAGCACUUUGUUGAAUGAGAAAGUUCAAAAGCAACGAAUUCAGAUCAAGAUGUCUGAUCUCAGAUUACAACAACAACUUAAACCCAAAGCGAAAAAGGAUACUGCUCUUCAUAAAAAAAUUCUCAUUUGGAUCAAUCCUAUUUCUUUCAGCUUAUUUUUACCUACUCCUUUCCCUUUUAUGUCAAAGUCCGGGUGUGCUCAAAUUGGUGUUAAUGGUUGUGUGUAUGAAGAAAUUGCUUUAUACAGCGGUGUGUUUCAAAGGGGACUAUCUUUAACUUUGGGUUUUACUCCAUUUACUUACUCUCCAAUGUCACCAAAUGAAUGCCUGGCCCGUUACCAUUUCGGCUAA